UUCAUUUCAUUUCGAUUCGAGUCGCCGGAGAGUGAAAACGUCCAAAGUCCGGGGUUGCCGGUUGCAAGCAAGACAAGAUCUGGCGGUUCAAAGACUACGGAAAUAAACGCGCUAUACGGUGUAUGCUAUGACAUAUUAAUGCAGAUAGUAUGGUCCAGUAGUCGGACAGUGAUAAAUGUCAAAAACUAGUUUUCGCGGCUCUUUCGACAAAGAUCUCUCGUAACACAAAGCGAAAGCAGUCGCCAAGUUGCCGGCUUAAUUAAAUUAAUAUAUUAUUUCGAGAGAACGCCGGCACAAAAGCGAUCUCGAGUGUGCGGAGAGUGCGUCAAUUAAAUUUAAUAAAUCAUAAAUAUAUACGAGUGAGUGCCAACGUGCGACGAGUAUCCUGCUUCGGGUUCUCGGCUCUGUGGAGCAAUUGUGAUUUAUCGCCUGCCUGCCUGCCCCAACGGAGGGGCUCAAGUGAAAUUACGAAAUUACACAUGCAAAAAUUUAAUUUUUAUGGGUUUUCCACUGAAAAUUGAAACGAAAAUGUGCCGACCGCUUGUGAUCCUCUUGCUGGCCCUGGUGUCGCAGAUCGAAGCCUUUAACUACAUGCCCCGCCCCAGCCAAGUGAUAAGCAGCCCCACCGACCUGAAGUUCCAUAUUCCCCAGAGCCGGAGCUCCUACUUCGGAUACACGCUCGUCAUCCGUGAGACCAGCAUCUUUGUGGGAGCUCCACGUGCCCAAUCGACCUUGGAGUCCCAGAAAAACGUCAACGAGACAGGAGCCAUCUACAGGUGUUCCCUGAUCAAUGGCUCCUGCAGUCCAUAUGUCCUGGACUCCCGAGGCGAUGUCAAGGCGCCUCAAAAUGAAUACACCAUAGACUCGGAGAGGAAGGACCACCAAUGGCUGGGAAUGUCAAUGGACGGAGGACCUCGCGACACCGACAAACUGUUGGUUUGCGCUCCGCGUUUCUAUGCCCCCACUGCCAAUGAUUACCAUAUGCACGGAAUCUGCUAUUGGGUCCAGAACACCGUUGCCAGCAAUCCGGAGCACGUUACCCGCAUCUCCCCACUCCGGCUCAAGCUGGAGCAGGUCACCGAGGAUUCGGAAGGUGUGAAGCACUUUAAUUACAUUUACGCCGAAAUGGGUCUAAGUGCCCACGUGUCUGAUGACAACUCGAAAUUCCUCAUCGGCUGUCCUGGCAUUCAUACGUGGAAGGGAUCGGUGGUGCUGUACCGGCAAGUGGAUCCCAUCGACAAUCCCAGUGCCAGCAGGCGGGACACGAGCAGCAAGUCCCGUCGCCGGGUGCGAAACGCAGAUACAAACGACUAUGUACCCGACAACUAUGCCCCGGAGAUUCCAAGGCCGGCGAGCUGGGACCAAAAGGACGACUCCUACUUCGGGUAUGCCGUGAGCUCAGGCUACUUUGAUGGAAACCAGAGCAACCUGCUCUACGUGGCCACUGCUCCGCAAGCUAACAAGCAGUCCGGAGAGGCCUACAUUUUCGAUGUGCGCGGAAAGACGAUCAAGAAGCACUACACCUUCCGGGGUGAACAGUUCGGCGAAUACUUUGGAUACUCCGUGGUGGCGGAGGAUCUCAAUGGGGAUGGGAAAACUGAUGUUAUAAUCUCGGCACCCCAGUAUGCCUUGGAGGAUUCCCACGACAACGGCGCCAUUUACGUAUUUCUGAACAAGGGCUUUUUCAAUUUCGAGCGGAAGAUAUUGCGAUCGCCAGUGAGCAGUAGCGCACGUUUCGGAACGACGCUCUCCCGACUGGGAGACAUCAAUCACGAUGGAUAUAAUGACAUCGCUGUGGGAGCUCCCUUCGCCGGAAAUGGAUCAGUGUUUAUCUACCUGGGCAGUGAACAUGGACUACGGGACCAGCACAGCCAGCGUCUGGAUGCGAUUGCGCAGACGCCCUCCAAGUACGGCUCCCAUAUGUUCGGUCACGGCCUCUCCCGCGGCUCUGACAUCGAUGGCAAUGGAUUCAAUGACUUUGCCGUCGGAGCACCCAAUGCCGAGGCCUUGUACCUGUACCGAGCCUAUCCGGUGGUGAAGGUACAUGCCACUGUCAGGUCGGAGGCACGCGAGAUUAAGCCGGAGCAGGAAAAAGUCAAGAUCACCGCCUGCUAUCGCCUGAGCACCACAUCGAAGGAUCCCCAGGUGCAGCAACAGGAACUGGCGCUAAAGAUUGCCAUGGACACGCAGCUGAAACGGGUCAAGUUCGCCCAGACCCAGACCAAUGAACUAAGCUUCAAGGCCAAUGCCGGGCUGACCGAUCAGUGCCAGGUCUUUGAGGUGCAGGUGAGGUACAGCGAGAAGGAUAUAUUCACGCCAAUCGACAUGGAGCUGCACUACGAACUCACCAAGAAGAUUCCAGACUCGGAUGAAUUUUGUACAACCUGUGUGGCAGUCGAUCCAGCGGAAGCCAAAGUCUUUACGGAGAAGAUCAUUUUCAGCACAGGAUGCGCCACCGCAGUUUGCGUGGCUGAUCUUCAGUUGAAGAGCAAGAAUGUUAGCCCCACCUACAUCCUGGGCAGUGCCGAUAUCCUUCGUCUCAACUACGAGAUCACCAACAAUGGAGAGACUGCCUACCUGCCCCAAUUCAAUGUCACUAGCUCAGCUCGUCUGCCCUUCGCCCAGGUGCCUGGCAACUGCAAGGUAACCGAAGCCCACAUGGUCUGCGACCUGAACCGUGGACGACCUUUGGCAAAGGGCGAUGGAGACUCCAUCACCAUUAGCUUCGAUGUGAGUCAACUGGGUGGCUUGUCGCUGAUCAUCAACGCAGAGGUCUUCAGCACGGGCUACGAGAAGAAUCCCAUGGACAACAAACAGACCAAUGUCAUUAGCUUGAAGGAGUUCACGGAGAUCGAUGCCACGGGUGGGCAAACCAAUGGAAAGAUUGAUUUGGAACACUACUCCAACUCGGCGGAAAUCGUCAACAACUACGAGGUCAAGAGCAAUGGCCCAAGUAUUAUAGAGCAGCUGACUCUGUCCUUCUUCAUACCAAUUGCCUACAAGGUUCCCGGCUCCACAGCCGUGGUGCCCAUCAUCAAUAUAACCAGCUUGAGGCUGCAGGCCACUUACGAUUCCCAGCUGCUGGGCAUCGAUCUCUACGACCACAACGACACCAUCCUCCUCACGGACACCGUUGAGAUUUCCACAUCCGUCAGGAAUGGCUUGGAGAAGACUGUGAUUACCCAGAAUGGCCAGGGCUACGAUAUCUCUACCAGCGGACAUGUCCACCAGGUGAUGCAGGAUCUGGAACCGGAUAUGGUGGCCACCGCCUCCAUGUCCCGCAAGCGACGGGAUCUCAAGAAGCUGACCGCCAACCGGGAGCAGUAUGCUCGCAUCUCCAACACCAAGGCGCACGAUCUGCUGAGCGAUGAGUUCAAGGACACGCUGCCGGUAAACCGCACCAUUGUCUUCAACUGCCGGGAUCCGGAGAUCUCCAUCUGUGUCCGGGCCGAGAUGAAGGUGCACUUCCGACCGGAGAAGUACGUCAACCUGAACAUGCGCUACACCGUCGAUCUGAACGAAGUGAACACCCUGCUGAUGGAUCCCUGGGAGUACUUUGUCAUCCUGACCGACCUGCAGCUGAGCAAGAAGGGGGAUCCCACCUCCAGUUCGUUCACGAUCAACAGGAGGAUAGCGCCGAAUGUGAUAUCCAAACAUCUGGAGGCUGGCGUGGCCAUUUGGAUUAUCAUUGUGUCCGUAAUCGGAGGUCUGCUGCUACUGGCUGCCAUGACCUAUGGCAUGUACAAGUUGGGUUUCUUCAACCGUGCCAAGAAGGACGAACUGAACCGCCUGGUACAGCAGAACCCCGAUGAACCCGAGGCGGAGAACCUCAACAGCGGCAACUAAGUCCUGGUUAUGGAUCCGAAACCAUCCACAUCACAUUCUAAAUGCCAGUUGGAGCCGAGAUACCAAAUCCUAUUGAACUAUGUGUGUGUUCCCAUGCAUUUAAAAACAAAACAAAAAACUAAAACUAAACGAUAUCGAAGAGAACCGAGGAGCGAGAAGCGAUUUCGAGGAAAAUAUCUACCUUAUAGGAGUAUGUGCAACUUGUGAACCACCCGAGACAUUGAAUGUUCUUGCUGGUUUGAAUUUCUAGUGGCUUACGCUAAGUGCCUUGUAUUUUGUAGUCUACAACCUAAUUUAUACGAAAGUCCCAUGUGUGCUGCACCAGCCAUAAUGCCAUUUGUUGUAAAUAUUUAUUAAACAUUUUAAAAUAAUUCUUAAUUGUAAUGACGUUGUUUAAAUAGAUUCCUCCUAGCUGUAAUUUAAUGUACAUGGCGACGCAAAAGACUUUAUAAUGUGUAAAUUGUAAAACCGAAGCAUGUUUAGAACCUAUUUUUGUACAAUACUAGAGUAUUUCAUUAAGGAUCAACUAAAAAAAAAAUAUGAUAAAUGAAAAAUAAAUGAAAUUUGCUCAUUUCCGUCAACUGA